AUGGCUGAAUACAAGAUUGUCGUCUUGGGUGGUGACCACUGCGGUCCCGAGGUCCUCAAGGCCAUCGAGGCUAGCAGGCCCAGCAUCGGCAAGUUUGUUCUCGAAGAAAAGCUUCUCGGAGGAUGCUCCAUCGAUGCCACAGGCGUCCCGCUAUCGGACGAGACCCUCUCGGCGGCCAAGUCGGCGGAUGCGGUGCUCCUGGGUGCCAUCGGCGGGCCCGAAUGGGGCACGGGAUCGGUCCGUCCGGAGCAGGGCCUGCUCGCGCUGCGCAAGGAGAUGGGCACGUACGGAAACCUGCGGCCGUGCUUCUUCGCGUCCGACUCGCUGGUGGACAACUCGCCCCUCAAGGCCUCGGUCUGCAAGGGGACGGACCUCGUCAUCGUGCGCGAGCUGACGGGCGGCAUCUACUUUGGGGACCGCAAGGAGGACGACGGCGACGGCAGCGCCUACGACACCGAGCCCUACACCCGCGCCGAGGUGGAGCGCGUGGCCCGGCUGGCCGGCUUCCUGGCCCGCGGCCGGGGCGAGAGGCGCGUCUGGUCGCUCGACAAGGCCAACGUCCUGGCCACCAGCCGCCUGUGGAGGAGGGUCAUGACCGAGACCUUUGCCGCCGAGUUCCCCGACCUCGAGGUCGCCCACCAGCUCAUCGACAGCGCCGCCAUGAUCCUGGUCAGGAACCCUACCGGCCUCAACGGCGUCGUCGUCACCUCCAACCUCUUUGGCGACAUCAUCUCCGACGAGGCCAGCGUCAUCCCAGGCUCCAUCGGACUGCUGCCCUCGGCUAGCCUGAGCGGUAUCCCCGAUGGAAAGGGCAGGUGCAAUGGCAUCUACGAGGCUAUUCAUGGCUCCGCACCCGACAUCUCAGGAAAGGGCAUCGUCAACCCCAUCGGCACCAUCCUCUCCGUCGCCAUGAUGCUCCGCUACUCGCUCAACCUUCCCGACGAGGCCAAGGCCGUCGAGGACGCUGUCCGGGCCGCCAUCGACUCCGGCGUCCGCACAAAGGAUAUCGGUGGUCAGACGACGACUUCCGAGAUGGGCGAUGCCAUUGUCAAGCAGCUUGAGACUAUUCUCAAAGCUUAG